AUGGCCCGCACCAAGAAUACCGCCAAGAAAUGUACCAGUGGCUCAGCGCCACGUGUCCUCCUCCAGAUCUCAAGAGUGCGACUCUCUGGAGGGGACCGCCAGAAAAUGAAGGCUUUGAGCACCACCAGGGGCGCCUUACCUGUGGGAGGUGGAGACUUAGAGAAGAGGAAUAGUCAGCAUGAGGCUUUGACCGCCACCAGGGCCGCCACCAGUGAGGACUUAGAAAUGAGAAGUGCUCACAAUGAGGGUUUCUAUAAAAGCAACGGCCUUCCCUUCUUGGACAAGUUCCUAUCUGUCACUGGUGCACUUGAGGUGUCCGCCCAUGCUGAAAUAUCGGCGGCUCCAGUCAUUUUUAUUCACCUUAUCCUUGUCGACUUCGGAGUGGCUGGUAGCCCAUUUGAGUUUGCUCACAGCUUCCUUAAGCCAUACUACUCCGGCGAUGGCAUCAAAUAUAUCGAGGUCUACUAUGACAUUGGUACUGAUGUCAAGCUCGCCCCCUACAGAACCCACAUCUGCCAGAUCAUUAAAGGUUUGAAGAACUCAUUCACCUGGGAGCGUGUUGUCAUCGGCUUGUCCACUCACACUGAUGAGGACUUCGGAGACCCUUUUGCUGGGUAUGGAGAUGAUUCAAAGGGCUAUGUGAGCACUCCGGUCAAUGAUUUCUUGGAUAUAAUCCUCCAACCCUGGCAAAGUAUCAUUGACCAUGCCCAAGAAUCAUAUCUCUGGAUGCUAUGCUGCGGCUCCCUUGUCAACAACCUAGACUCAUUUCAUGGCUUGCAAGAGGCUGUUGUCCGACACAAAUUAACCGGUACCAUCGCCUUCAAUGCUCCUCGUUUUCAACCUUCUUUUGCCUCGCACUUGUUCAUUUCAUUUACUGAGAGGGUUCUCAUUGAGCAGUGCCCACUUCAGUUAGCUUUCAAGGAUAUGCUCUCACAGUCCUGGGACCUAGGCAGCCACUCUGAUAUAUUUCUGUUGACCACUGUCAAGGAGGGCGGUGUAGAGAAUCAUGCCUCUCAUGGCGUGAUAUGGCAGUUUCCACUAAGGGAGUAUACAGCACCAACUCGCAGCACCACUCUGUGUACUGUCCACAGCAAUUCCUAUAUGAGGUGCAGCUUUCCCGUGCUUGCGCCAGCCAUCCAGAUGCAUCCAUCCACUGUCCACCAAGCUCCCUAG